AUGAACAAGCAAACAGCCGACAUCAUGGCCAACAACCAGAUCCCAGAGGAGCCAAUCAUCCGAUCCCCCUUACCUCUCUACCAAUCCAUUCACACUCCUCCUUCAACCAUCGGUUGUCAACACACAGGCAGUGGCCACCCCAGCCACUGCCACGCCCACGCCCCUUACGCUCAGCCAUGUCACCACGGAGAGGCCAUUGGCGAAGGUUCCAGGGCCAACGUUGUGCCUCUCCCCAUGUUGGGCAGAUGGCCUGCUCUGGUUGAAUGUCCUGGCUGCAGGGGAGUUGCUCCCACUACAACUGACCACACCAUUGGAAAGGGAACACACUGGAUGGCGGUUCUGCUCUUCUGCACCACGGGACUUGGCGUGUUCAUCCCUUACUCCAUGAAGCCGUUCAAGAACGUGCGUCACAACUGCUUGCGCUGCGGACGCACUCUCGCUACCCGCAGGUUUGGGGGUGGCACCAAGGCGCACCUGAUGUAA